GCACUGCGCAAAUACGUGUCGCACGAAUAGGAAAACUAAUGUUUACGUCACGGCCGCGUCACCAAAAAAAUUUAGUUAUAUCUUUUCUUGAAGGUGGCUCGUUGUAGCAGAUUUGUUGAAAACCAUGGAAAUCGUUCAAGAAUUAUCCAGCCAAUAUGUUCUGUAUAUUCCUGUAGCUUUAGUAAUCGUUGGAGCUAUUUUGGUGUUCACUUUUGGUUUUAAAUCUGCAGAACAACCACCCUUCGACAAAUUAUCAUUUGACGAUAGAAAAUCUGCUGGGAAAAAGCGUAAAACUAAGGAAAAGAAACCUACUGCUAAUGGUCACAUCAGCAAUGUAGAAAAAUCUGAUAAAUCCCCAUCAAAGGACUCCAAGAAGUCCCCCCAGAAAGAAGCUGUUGAAGCAAAACAAGAAAAGAAGGAGAAGAAACUAGACAAACAAAAUGAAAAGCCUAAAAAACAGGAAAUCAAAAAGACAGAGGAAAUCAAAAAUAAGAAAAAUUUAAACAAAGUGUCAGAGAAGCCAGUAGAUUUUGAUGAUGGCAACUGGGAGACAGUACCUCUUAAAUCUGAUAAGAAGAAGAAAGACCAAUCGCCAGUUAAAAAAGAUAAAAAAUCAUCCAAAAAGGAAAAAGAAGUGAAAGAGGCCAGAGCUGAUAAAAUUGAAAUGGACAAGCUUGUUAAAGAAGUAGUCAACAAGAAAAUUAAAGAGGAAGAGAAACAAAUUGCAGAAGAGAAAAAACAAGUUAUAGAAGAGAAAAAAGAAAAGCAACCCCAAGAACCAAUAAAAAUUGAAGAAGUUGCUAAUGUAGAAGAGAAGAAAGACAAGAAGAAGAAAGAGAAGAAGCCCAAGAAGGAAGCCUCAGAGAAACCUGUACAGGAAGAAGUUAAAAUUAAACAAGAGGAAGUCAAAAAAGAAGUGAAGAAUGAAGUUAAAGAAGUACCUGCUCCCAAACCGGCAGCCCCACCAAAAGUUGAAGAACCUGUCAAAGCUGCUGCUGCUCCUCAAGAAACUGGUGCUGUCUUUGAUGAACUUGGAGACACAUGGACAGAAUCCAAGGCAACUAAGAAGACCAGCAAGAAAAAAGCCCGUAGAGACAACUAAGUAGAUCUAUCUGAGACUUAAUAAAUUCACCCUGUGCACUAGACCGUAAGAGUGGCAGGUAAAUGUGAUCAUAAAAACCAGAAACGUCACGCUAUGAGAUUCAGAUCUCAAUACCCAAUAUGUAAAAGACUUAACUGCUGAUCGUCCCGAGUAUAUAUAUCAACAGUUUUAUAUAGUAGCGAUUUUAUCACAAAGGGCCUAGCCGGGUAAGAUGAUGAAAAGUGCCCCCAACUCGAUUCGAAUUUCAUAUAGGUCACCGUUUAGCAUAUGUAGUGAAAUUCACUUUCUGAAAUUUUUAGCCCCCUAGGUGGUCAUGUGACCUACCUAGAGCCUAAUUAGGGUUUUUAUGUUUUUAUUUUUUAUGUCAGCCGCAUCGAGAACUAGCGAAAAACUUUAAAGAAAGAAGUUGUAAGAUUUAUAAAGUUAUGCCCGAAAAAAAAAAAUUUUAAAUUUUUUGGCGGGAAAUUUAAAUUUUAGAACGAUUUUAAAAUUUUAAAGGAGUAUAAAAAAAUAACUAAGACAUUCGUUUUCACGAAAAAAAUAUAUAACGUGUAUUUUUGCAUAGUGUUUCACCAUGAAUUUUUUCAAAUUUUUAAAAAUUGGUGAAACCCACCUUUAAAAAUAAAAAACCGCAUUUUUUCGGUUUUUUUUUUUUCGUUUUUGAUACAAUUUUAUACAUGUAUUUCAAAGAAGGUAACACCGUCACUAGAAUAGGUAAAAUACUGAAAAAUAAUCGGGGUUUGCUUAAUAAAAAUUUUUUGUAACGCCAUCCAUUUUCAAGAUACAGGGCGUUGAAGAAAACAAAAUUUUACACAUUUUUUACGAUUUUGCCGAAACUACUGGCAACAUUGUAAUAAAACUUGGCGGGUUUUAAGAGGUAGUUAUUGUGCAUGUUUUGACAUACAAUUAAGGAUUUGAUAUUCAUCAUUGGCGCGCCUAGGGGUAAUGGUCUGAACUUUUCAAAGACAAAAAGAUAGUACGCCACUGACAUAUUUCAAACUAACAAUCAUUUUUGCAUUCCUCGUUCAAUUUACGACAAAAAAACUAUCUUCUCAUUUUUUCAUACGACGCGCCGUUUUGCUGUAAAAAAUAAAAUAUCUUAACGCUUCCAAAGUAUUCGAAUUAGUUUUUAUACUUAAUGGUUGUACGAGUUUAUGUAGAAACUGCUAGAAGUUCGAAUACUUUGUAAGGGUUAAGAUGUUUUAUUUUUUGAAUAAAAAUGGCGCGUCGUAUGAAAAAAUAGGAAGAUAGAUUUUUUGUCAUAAAUUGAACGAAGAAUUCAAAAACGAUUGUUAAUUUGAAAUAUGCCAGUGGCGUACUAUCUUUUUUCUUUACAAAGUUCAGACCAUUACCCCUAUGCGCGCCAAUGACAAAUAUAAAAUUCUUAAUUAUAUGUCAAAAAAUGAACAACAACUACCUCUUAAAUCUCGCCAAAUUUUAUUACAAUGUUGCCAGUAGUUUCGGCAAAAUCGUAAAAAAUGUGUAAAAUUUUGUUUUCUUCAACGCCCUGUAUUUUGAAAAUGGAUGGCAUUACAAAAAAUUUUUAUUAAACAAACCCCAAUUAUUUUUCAGUUUUUACCUAUUCUAGUGACGGUGUUAACUUUUUUGGAAAACAUGUAUAAAAUUGUAUCAAAAAACGAAAAAAAAACCGAAAAAAUGCGGUUUCUUAUUUUUGAAGGUGCGUUUCACCAAUUUUAAAAAUUUGAAAAAAUUCAGGGUAAAAUAUUAUGCAAAAAUACAGUCUUAGUUAUUUUUUUAUACUCAUUUAAAAUUUUAAAAUCAUUCUAAAAUUUAAAUUUUCGGACAUAACUGUUUAAAUCUUACAACUUUUUUACAACAAAAUAAAAACAUAAAAACCCUAAUUAGGCCACAUGACCACCUAGGGGGCUAAAAAUUUCAGAAAGUGAAUUUGACUACAUAUGCUAAACAUUGACCUAUAUGGAAUUCGAAUCGAGUUGGGGACACUUUUCAUUAUCUUACCCGGCUAGGCCCAUUAUGAGUUUGUUGUCACAUCACAUGCUUUUUGUUUGUAUAUACUUUUUCUCGCCUAUCUAAUACUCUUCUCUUUGUUAUGAGUUUUUAAACGCAAAUAAUGCAGUAUCCCAUUAUGAAAAAUAUAAAUUAUUUUUUCUAGAUGAAAUAGCUACUAUAUAUAACUAUCUGGACGAGUUGAUAAACACAGAAAAUGCGGGUUUUAUCUCAUAACUCAUAAAUUGGCCUAGUUAACUGUAUAUUUGGGUUCCUUAUUUAAAAAAAUUUUUAAUAUAUUAGACUAAACAUUUUUUAACAUUAGCAUUUGUCGUGAGACAAAUUUACAGCCCUUUCUAGAUUUUGGAAGAAAUCUUCUUUUUAACAAAUAUUAAUUAUAUUAUUUUUAAAAAGGAAUAAUAUAAAAAUGGUAUUCUAGAAUGAAUGGAAUAUUUCUAGAAAUAAAGAAAAACUUAUCAAAUUUGCUUGAACAUUCUGUUUUCAUAGAGGUUAUUGAGAAAAAAUGUUUAUUUUCUGUGUAUAUGCAAACUCUAAAACGAUAAAACGAAAAAGGGCCAUCACUUUAGAGAGGUUAAGUUUCAGAUGUAUUUUUUUAAUUUAUGUAAGCUAACUUAGGUAUCUUUUAGCUAUCGUAUAAUAUUGAUAUGUCAAAGAGCUUAUAAUACGGGGUUGGCAAAAAAUGAAUUUUAUCAGGUAGAUAUAAAUAUGGCUUAAUUUUGCAGCGUUAUGGUUGAAUAAGAUUGUGCAUAAAAUUAAAACAAGUAUAUAGUUUGAAUGUUUAUUUAAUAGGUGCAUCUUAGUUGGGGUAAACUUUAUUUGAAAAUAAUCUUAAAAUUGCUGAGAAUAUUUAUAUGUUACAUAAAAGAAAACGAAUAUUGAGUUAUAUUAAAACACAUUUUAAUUUUACAAUAUCUACGAAUCAAGAUAAUAUUCAGUAUUUACAUCAUAUUUCAUCUUCAGUUUCAAUCUAACUUCUAUAUCCCCUCCUCCCAACUAAAUUUUCCGUCUACUACCAGCAGCUUGACUAUUCUUUAGGCAAUUAUAUUAUUCUGUUCAUGUUUUGUCUGUGCGUUUCUUCUGUUAACAUCCACAAUAGAAAAGUAAUGGAUUAUUCGGAUUUAGCAUUAAAAGGGGCAAGUUAUGAAAUAAAAAAACCUUCCAGUCCAGAAAAAACAUUAGCGAAGUCUCUGAAAUAAUAUAUAGGGCGAAAUUAAUUAAUUAAUUUGUAGUGUUCUCUCUAUUUACUAAUAUUUUUCUAUGUGAAGUAGUAUAAUUUUGAUUCAUAAACUUUCUGUAAACCUUAUAUUAAGAAAACCUUAUAUUUUGGUUUGGGUUAGAAAGUAUAAAUAAUUGCAAGCUUAGGAGAUUUAACUAUAGCCACAUUGUGGUAGUAUAUACGCAAAACAUAUCAGGACUGUAAAAAUUUAUUUUGAAAUUCCACAAGCCCGCUUCUGUUGCGAUAUGCAUAAGUAGGUAUUGGAAAUUUUAUACUUACCGAACAUGUACCUGGAAAUAAAGCAAAAAGGGAAUGAACACUGACCAAAAACAAAACAUUAGUGACAUAUUUCUAUUUUACACAACCAGUUUGUGUCAAUUACCGGUUUUUCACACAUUUCUAAUGUGUCGUUAUGCUUCUAAAUCCUGUGUUUAUAAUAUUCAUGUGUUAAUGUUGUUAACAUUAUAAAUUGUAUUUAAAUUUGAAUAAUUUAUCACAUGUUCAAAUGUAUUACUUAAUGUUUUUCUGAAGCUAUUUCCUUGUGGCAUUUUUAUAAUCAACUAUUUUUAAUGGGAAAUAAGCCACAAUUUUACUAAAAAAAUGAAUUUAUUAACGUAUUACUUAAUCUCAAUGAAGUUUAAAUAUAAGGCUACGUUUUCAGUUCGUCAAAUAAAUCUUGACUUCUGAAAUGUUGAAGUUACUAGAUGGCGCAACUAUUAUGUACAUAUCCAAUAAUAUCAAAAGGCAACUUUAAAAAUAGGUGGCUAAACUGUGUAGAAAAAUCGCAAAAAGCGGCGAUUAGCUUUGUUGCAGAAUUUUACAUACAAAACCAGAAUUGUUUAUUAUUUAUCUAUUUUAUUCAUAAGGUUUUAAUCAAAUAUUAUACUGAACGUCUAAUAUUUGAAUACAACCUAACAUUUGUUUAUGGCCAACACAUUGUUCUAAUGGCUACAGCAAGUACUACUAAGCUAUUUUAAGGGGCAUCGUUUGAAAUAAAUAUUUCAAGCACAACUUUGUGAAUUUUUUUGAAACUAGUAGAAAUAUUUUAUUUUUAAAUUAAAUAAACAUAUUCAGUACAAUUCAAAGAAUCAAAAAAAAAUUAAGGCAAAAUAUUGAAAAAUAAGCCAACGGCGGCAAAUUUUUACAGAUACCUGCAAAAAAAAUUAAUUUUGCGGUGUACAUCAGAACUCCUCAUUGGAUUUUAUUAGCUUAUGAUUUAACAAAAUAACGAAAUGUCUUGUAAAAAAAGGUUAAAAAUCAACAUAUUCAUUAUUGUUGUAGAAAAAAUCUCUGGAAAAUAUCUCGACAGCGUUACCUCGCAAAAUGUCAAGUGGAUUGAUCAAGUAAUUUUUGAGUUACAUUGUCCACUGACUUUGAAAAAACAGAUUUCUUUUUGUCUGUCAAAUCGUAAAGUGAUGCAUACCGAAAUAUGUUUUUGAAUCGCGGAGUAAUAACAAAAGAGAAGAGAAACAACUGUUAAACGUUUCUCACUACGCUCAAGUGUGCGACGCGAGUAGAAGGUAGGAAUACUCAACAUGCAACAUGAAUUUCCGGUAAUUUUGCUGCGGUCAAUCUGAAAUUUCCAGAGAGUUCUCUUGAAGUUAUUUACUUUUAUUUAAAAUAAUAAAAAAAAAUAGGAAAAUUUCUAAAUUUUCAAACCAUACCCUUCUCUCUUAAGCACAUACAGAUUAAUACUUUUAUAUCAACCUGAUACAACCAAUUUGUUUUUUUUUGCAACCCCAACCCCGAAAAAUUAGUAGGUGCAGCCACGCGUGUGUCAACUAAAUGUAAAAAUGUGUAACUUGGCUAGUGUGUCAUAAUCCAGCAUUCCAUGGUAAAAACCAAACAAACUGUAGUUAGGUUUUUAAAUUUAGUGGUGUAGACUGUGUGCCAAAAAUAAAUAUCUAAAAGAAAACGUGUGAAAAUUGCAAAUAAUCAAUAAGAGAAUCUUAUUUGGAAAAAAUGGUUUAGAUAUUUUGUUCUCUGUUGCAAUUAUAUUACAAUUUACGACAAACCCAAGUGUAUUUUCCAAUUAGUAUAGAAUAUCUACUAAGUUGUCAUGAAAUGAAAAUAUUUAAAUUACUCAUAAACUACUUCAAAUAAACAUAGUCAUUUAAAUGAAAUAGGUAUAAAUAUAACAAAACAAAUAAAUUACGGUAAAAAUAAAAUACAAAUCUGUGGCUAACGGACCUGCAUCCAAGCCAUCUUUUCACACACACACUCUCUGUUGCAACUGUAAAAGCAGCUUUACAUCUAGGCUAUUCAAGUCCGUCUUGCAUGGAAUAUAUCUUGCCUAGCCUGAUCUGUUUACAUCAGAGCUAUUUCUGUGCAAUUUCAGAUACCAUUUUUUGUGUUAUUGCCAACAGAAGAAAUGUAUCAAACAUUAACUUUAGAUAUUUCUCUUGAAGAUUUCAGUCCAGCAUUAAAAAUAUAUUCAAAUAUAAAUCACAAAAUUACAUCAAUAAAUAUCAUUAAAUUAACACAAUAAGUUAAACUAUAAAUUUUGUUAUACUGGCAACAUGAAUUUUGACAACUUGCAUCAAAAUAGCACGAAAAAUAGAUCACGUUCUAAUUUUUCGUCUAGCACAGAAAUUGCUUGAAAAUAGCGCGUGGGCAUGCGCAGUUGCAUAAUCUGCCUUGCAUGGUUCUUGCAUAGCAUGAAAAUUGGAUAACGUAAAACCAUCUUAACCAAUUGCAAAGUCCAAAUUUAAAUUGUCGAAUAUUUUUGUUUGAGUAGGUUUCUUAUCUAUUAUGUCCAGUUUUUUUACAUUUCUCACUGUUUUUAUCCACUCUUCUUCAAAAUUUUGAUUUAUUUUAAUAUUUUGGCAUCUAAAUCUAACGAUGGCAUCUAAUCCAUAAUGUAGCAUAUUUAUCACCUUAUAAUGUAGGUAUGGGGACAUCUUGCUUCUUAUUUGUUUUUCAAUGGUUUCAAUAUUUCUGUCUAAACCAAUGAAGUAUGUAAACCUCAAUUAUUUUUAUUCGUGUAGAAACAGUUUCCAAAGCUUUUCUGAGCAGCAGCUUCAAAUAUAGUUUAAACAGCUUGAGGACAAUACAAAGUGUUUUUUUUCAUCGAUUCUAAUCUUGGCAUUUUACCUCCAACACACAUACAUUUCUUAUUAGUUUUAAAUGAAAUGUCUUCAAAAUCAACGAAGCAAAGGAAAAUAUCUUUAAUCGGAAUACUUCUGCAAUAAUAUUUGAAGAGAAAAUAAAGUCUAUCUCAUACACAUUCCGCUUCUAAUUCCAAACUUCGCAUAUUCCACUAAUUGUGGGGUAUGAGCAGAUUCAAAUUAUUAGCAAAUUAUGAACAUAAUUGAAAAUGUUUUUAAAGAAACCAAAAAACAAACAGGUCUCCAAUAAAUCUUGAAGAAGACGAUACAGAAGAUAGAGAAUGAUGUUACUUGAAAAUUGAAAUACAAGCAUCUGCAUUAAUUUUGAAACGUUCAUCAUCAUCAUAAGUGGCUCUACAAUCCGUUGUGGAUAUUUGCCUGCUCGCAAAGAAGUCGCCAUUCCUGGCAACUUCCCUCCAUCUUCUGACCCCUAGAACAUUCAUGCCAAACAAUAAUUUACAAGUUUUUUUACAGGAUUUCUUGAGCCAUUGGUUUUGAUUGAUACUUUUCAUAUCUACUGUCAUUUUUUCCAAUGAUUCUAAUAAACGUACUAAAAUAAUAUAUCUAAUCAAUGAAAGUAAAUGGCCUUAUAGUUGGCAUAUUAGCAAAACCAUAAUAUUUUUUAAGAAUAUAUUUUUGCGAUAUAUGGAUGUACUACUCGACAAUGUGUUUUAAACUGUAAAGUGUAUGUCUUCCAGUUGUGUUAAUAUUUCGUAAAAAAAACCACUUGUUAAUUUUUAGUCGGGCUUGUUGAUGUUUUAAUUUUUAAAAAUUACUGACCACUUUUUGUAUACGUAGAAACUGGUAAAGUUUGUUUAUCAGUAAAUGGUGGACUUCAAUGGUCAAUACUUGUACUAUUCACUGGUACUUCAAUAGUAUAAAAGGCCCGGUUUCAGGUAAAAUUUAAAUAUGUUUGAACGUUUGUUUUUCUAUAAUCUUAGCAAUUAAAAUAGAUUUAAUUCAUUUUAAAACUCAUUUGAAAACAUUAAUUUCGGGUAUAUAAGGCAAAGUAAUAUAUUUUACAUCCGUUUUUGUCGUCGUAAUUAUUGUAAAUUUUGUGGAUCCUUUGCUUUAUUAUAGGAGUACCGUCUAGCCAGUGUUAAUUGUCAAAAGACCAACUCUGUCUACCUCGGUUGCUUAUCGCUCCGGACCGGUCUUAACAAUGUGCCAAGUCAGAUAAAUUUAAUAAUAUUUACCGCACUAAUUGAAGUCAACCAUUUACUGCUAAACAAACUUUACACUAUAUUGACUGAGCUGAAUCCCAAAUAACAAGUCACUAUCGGCCAGGAACUACUGUUCAACUGAUAAUCAAUAUUAAGUGUAACUUGAAUAAAAGUAUUCAUAUACAUCAUCAUCAUUGGCUCUACAACCCCAGGUGAGUCUUGACCUAUUCUAGAAUCAGGUUCCAGUCUUUCCUAUCCUUCGCCUUGGUUUUCCACUGCGUCUUUUCUUUACUCCAUCCAGUCUUCGGUUAUAAACGUGUUUCAACGGCUCCAUCUCGUUCAUUAUCUGUAAGUGGCCCAACCACUGCAGCCCGUUUAUUUUGAUGGACCUACCAAAAGCUCAUAAUUGUAGCGUCUACGCCAUAAUCUGUUCUCCUGCACGCCUUUAUAAAUAAUGCUGAUAAUUUUACGUUCAAAACAGCCUAACGUUCUUCAUAAUUUUGUGUUAUCGUUCACGUUUCUGAUGCGUAAGUGGGGAGGGGCUUGAUAUCAAUAUUUCUUGAUAUGUGAGGAUAUUUGAUAUAUUAUACAGGGUGUCCCCGAAAAUAGUGCGUUCCUUAAAAGUAUAGGUAGAAGGUACCAUGUAGAGCAAAAAAGUCUUAUAACAUUUUUUUCUAAAUUCAACCGUUUGGCCAAAAAACAAAAAUACAUUUUGGCGUGCAAAUUGAAAUCUGACAACUAUGUAUACAAAAAUCUAAACAUAGACAAUUACAAUUCAAAAAUAGUUGCAGCAUUGGCCUUUAGGAUUUACAUUAAACCCUGUCUUCAUCCUAAACAAACAAACAAAUUCUUGUUUUGUUAUUUUCCUACAUUUUUUUGGUGUCAAUAACCUAAAUCACUAACAGUUCUUGUACAGGGAUGCCAAAUUUUUAAAUUUUAUGAAAAUAAAAGUUCGCUUAUAUGGAGAACAAUUUAAUUUUUUUUGGAAACGGUUAACUUUAGAAAAAAAAUGUUAUAGUACUUUUUUGUUCUACAUUGUCUAUUAUAUCCAUACCUUUUCGGGGACACCCUGUAUAAUAUAUGAGGAGUUCUGUAUAUAUCAAUAUUUUUGAUCUUUUGUGAAUAUGUUUGAUGUUAAAAGUUUCUUUAACCCAUAGUAUGCUUUAUUUGCUAGAUAGAUACAGUCAAACCUUCCAUAUCCGGAUCAAUAUGGCGACAGACCGAUCCGGAUAUGAAAAAAUCCGGAUGUCAAGACCACUAAUUCUUUUACAGUCUCUGAAACGUUUUCUUCUUCAUACAUUCCAGUAAUCAACGCCGUCAAUAACUUUCGUCGAUAGACACGUUUUAUAGAUUCUAUAAUACAUUAUUUCGCCAUCUUUUAGUUAUUCUUUUAGUGCGUUAUCCAACAGCAGGACUGCCUUUCUCGGUAGAUUUCGGUAGAUCCGGAUGGCGCAGAACCGUCCGGAUAUGGCAGGUUGUACUGUACGUCUAUUUUUGCAGUUAUGUUACUUUGGUUGAUUUGUAGUCCUAGAUACAUGAACUCUUACUCCUUCGAAAUUAUAUGUUCCAUCCGUUAUAUCUUCGGGUUUUGCUACUUGCUUAUUAUAUGUCACCGUUAUUGUUUGUCACCUUCCUAUACUUUUUUUUUACUAGUAUUAACGUAUACUCCCAUUCUUUUUGCUGCUGUUUCUACUACCGUGAACGAUUGGACCAGUUAUAAAAAAGUGGUUAGUUAUAUUUGAUAAUUCAUUGAAUUUCUUGCCACGUAUUCUAAGACUGAAAACGUUUCAGUGGUUCAACAGUGUUUUUAAUAUAAGUUGAAGUAAAGCAUUUCAUACUUUUACAUUAACUACGAAACGAAGGAAAAAGUGUUAAACCAGAAUCAUUUUCCAGACUUUUACACCAUGUGUAAGAAUUAAUUAUGUAGUUUUCUUUAAAAACGCAAUAAGUUCUGUUUUACUUCAAUGUAUGACCAUUUUUAUAUGAAAUAAAACUAAUAUAGGCCUUUAAAUUUUUUGUAAACUAAGCUUAGUGUGUAUAAAUGGAAGCUUGAGCUGUAUUUUUUUGGUUGAUCUCUUUUCUCGUAUGAAAGUAUUGGUGAAAGGUCGGUCAACAUUAGAUUCGGUAGGGCACUUUAAAGGUUAUAAUAUUCUGUUCAAAAAAUUUAAACGAGAUUUUUACUUAUUUUCCUAUUGUAUUAAAGCUCUUUAAACGAAAAGUAAACAUUUAUUUAUAAGCCGACUAAAAGACACAAAUUAAUGCCGAUCCUAAAGAAACUUGAUAUAUACCAAAAAGAGAUAAGAUGCAUUGAAAACUGGUAUCAAACGACACAAAUAAAAAUAGACAAUUCUAUUUCCAAACCCCUACAUAUAAGAAGGGGUGUUCAACAUGGUUGUGUGCUUUCCCCUCUUUUAUUUAACAUUUAUUCGGAUGCCAUAUUUCAAGAGUCUUUGGAAGAUGCCUCUAAAGUGAAUGGAGUAUUGAUCAACAACUUGUCACUAUAAUCGGAGAAUACAAUAAGCGAAUGGGAUUAGAGAUUAAUACCAAAAAGAUCAAAUUCAUGAUCAUCUCCAGAAACUUGGAUGCACUUGAAAACUCCACCAUAACACCGAAUAACAGGUCCAUUGAAAGAGUGAGCAACUCCAAUUUCCAAUAGUUGGAGAUUAUGUGUCUUGUCAUGUCUGAGCCUCUUUUAAAUUAAGCUUAGAAGAAGAGAAGACAUGGAACGAAUGCUAGUUGAAGGAAACGUAACGCGUAAAAGAUCCAGAGGAAGAUCUCCAGUACAAUGGUCGGACCACACAAAGGACAUGACUGGUUACUCAUUCUCCGAAGCAAAACAACACGCACUGAAGAGGGAUAAUUGGACAGAAAUAGUCAAACAAA